CUGUCCGGUCAUUGUUCUCCCAGUUAAAGCAGAGAGGCUCUGUAGUCUCAGUCCCGAAAUUGGCGCUGGCGGGCUGGGCCUCCGUGGUGAGCGGGUGUCGCCGGGCGGGAGAGGAGGCAGGAUCGCCCUUCACCGACCCAUCCUUCUUGCGGAGCCACGAGGGAACAGUACUCCUCUUGGCACUGGGAAGAGACUCAGAAGCUCUGGCGACUUGGAGAUUAGAUGGGGCAUGACCAGUGCUGGGCAUCCCCCACUGAACAGAGAGGAUGACUGCAGAAUUGAAGAGGACCAUGGCCCGAGCCUCCUGGGGCCCAGUGAAGGUGGAAAAGAACGGGAACGAUGGUGAAAGUGUGAGCCCAUCCAGUCGACAAGUGUACUCUGAGAACGUCAAGGUCUGGGCCCCAGGGGAAGGUCCUUAUUUAAGCAUUGAUGUAUCUGAAGAGGAGGGAAAGGUAAGUGGUGAUCUGGAGGGGAAGAAGAGAAUGUGGAUCUCAGAUAGUUUCAGGGGCACUCCACUGCCAAACCCAGGCUUUUUCUCUCCUGGUGAGGGUUCUUACUUUUUAUUCCUGUGGAGCACGCACUCGUACUGGAACGCAACAGAAUCUGGGGAAGGUAAGUGCAUAGAAGGGCACAGGGGGUGUGGUAUUUAUUCCCUUCUUUCAGGAGGUCAGUUUGCAAAGGUGGAGUUCUUUAUUCUGACCUUGAUGCCUGUUCUUUUUCUAGGCCAGAGGAAUCUAACAUUUUCAUUUCUGUUUCCUGGUACAGGUACUGAAGCCAAGAACCUACAGCUAUUGGUUCCUAAAACAGAGAUUUGUGGUGAAGCAGAAGAGCCUCCUGUGGUUUUAGGAAGAAUCCAGAAAGGUGACCUUCAAGGACCUGAGCUAGAAGAAUCUUAUGAAAAGGGAAAUGUGUUAAAAAGACAGAAAAUAAAGAGGGAAAAACAAGAUAUAAGAAAAGUGACAGUGAAAGACUCUCCAUUGUCUGAGAGCUUCCGAGAGGAUGAAGACCAGAAAUCUAAGUCCAGGAGGAAAUACUGCCUUAGCUCUGACCCAGCCAAAAGUCAGAAAAUACAGCCUGGGCCGAAGCCUUUCACAUGUAGUGAGUGUGGGAAAGGCUUUAGUCAGAGUGCAAACCUUGUUGUGCACCAGCGGAUCCACACUGGGGAGAAACCCUUUGAGUGCCACGAGUGUGGGAAGGCCUUCAUCCAGAGUGCAAACCUUGUUGUGCACCAGAGGAUCCACACUGGGCAGAAACCUUAUGUUUGUGCAAAAUGUGGGAAGGCUUUCACUCAGAGCUCAAAUCUGACUGUACAUCAGAAAAUCCACUCCUUAGAAAAAACCUUUAAGUGUGGUGAAUGUGAGAAAGCCUUCAGUUACAGCUCGCAGCUUGCUCGGCACCAGAAGGUCCAUAUAACCGAGAAAUGCUACGAAUGCAACGAAUGUGGGAAGACAUUCACUAGAAGCUCCAACCUGAUUGUCCAUCAGAGGAUCCAUACUGGGGAGAAGCCUUUCGCCUGUAACGAGUGUGGCAAAGCCUUUACCCAGAGUGCAAACCUUAUUGUGCAUCAGCGAAGCCAUACUGGGGAGAAGCCAUAUGAGUGUAAAGACUGUGGGAAAGCCUUCAGUUGUUUCUCUCACCUCAUUGUCCAUCAGAGAAUCCACACUGCAGAGAAACCGUACGACUGCAGUGAAUGUGGAAAAGCCUUCAGUCAACUCUCUUGCCUUAUUGUCCACCAGAGAAUUCACAGUGGAGAUCUCCCUUAUGUGUGUAAUGAGUGUGGGAAGGCCUUCACUUGUAGCUCAUACCUGCUUAUUCAUCAGAGAAUCCAUAAUGGGGAGAAACCUUAUACAUGUAACGAAUGUGGGAAGGCCUUCAGACAGAGGUCGAGCCUCACUGUCCACCAGCGAACCCACACGGGGGAAAAGCCCUAUGAAUGCGCCAAAUGUGGCGCAGCUUUCAUUUCUAACUCGCACCUCAUGCGACACCACAGAACCCAUCUUGUGGAGUAGCGAGGAGGAGGAGGUUUCUCUGCUGUUGGUCAUAGCCUACUGCUCCCAAUAGUAGGCACCUCUGUUCAGCUUUAUUCUUCCUUUGUUAAAACAAAGCCUAUACCCUUUAAAGUUAUUUUUCUGGAAGGGGAAGUAAACACAAGCAUUUCAGAGGCUAAUUUAAAGAAAAUAAAACUUAAACAUCUCAGAG